AACAAUGCGGUCAAUACCGCUUUGUCAGCUGUUACUUCUAUUAACUAUAUUAUCAAUUGAUGCUCGACCUUCUGAUCAUUUUCUUUCUUUCUCAAAAACCGAAUUGUGUGCUGCAGAACCACAUCUUAAAGUGUGUCAGCCGAAUAGCCGUGCUCAAAGCUCUAAAAUCAUAAAUGGAGAUGGCCUAACUGCCGAAAGAUUAGAGCAACUUUCAAAACAUUCCAAUAAAGGAUUUAUUGAAGAAGAAGCUAAUUCUGGUAGAUCAUCAGCUGCAUCAAAUGUGGAUGAUCCAUUCGAAGAUGUUGCAACUAGAGCUCCUCCGUCAUCCAAUGAAUACGAGGAGGAAAGGUAUUCACACAGAAAACAUAAACAUCAUCAUCGAAAAUCUCAUCGUGGUCAUCACUAUGGAUCCCCAUACCAACAAUAUUAUCAACAACAACAACAUCAUGAUCCAUUGACAUAUCGUGUUUAUCCUGGACUUCAUCCAAAGGAUGGAAGAUAUUGUUCUGAUAUGAAAGGAAUGUUCGCCUACACAUGUGCACCCAGCAAACCACUAAGAAUUGAUCUUGUCGAGUUUUGCAAAGAUUACGCUGCAUUUUGCAAUGUACCGAAUUUCCAUAGACUACCAGGACCACGUAUGGGACCUCCAUUAACCGAUAAGGGUGUUGGACACGUCGACGUCAAUGGUCAUUUCGGUUUCGGAGUUGGAGCUGUUCCUGGUCUUGAAGUUGGAGUAGGAUGGGGUGUUGAUGUUGGACCAAUUCCUGGAAUGGGAGAAAGUGUUGGAGUUGGAGUUGGUCUUGAUUUGGGAAUUAUGGGAUCUAAGACACCAGAAGCAUUCCGUCGUGGACAAGAUGAUCCAAAUGCAAAGGGAGGAGGUAUUGUUGGAAUUAAUGGCGGAGUUGGAGUGAAAGCACCUGGAACUGGAGAUGGAGUUGGAGUUGGUACAGGUCUUGGAGUCGGAAAGUGAUUGAAGAACGUGAUGAAAAAGAAGAUAUUGAUAAUGAUAAACUUUGUUUUCUGAUCUCUUGUAUUCAUAAACAACAAACUUUAAAUUGGAAUUUUACGAAUGAUUGUAUCAAAGCUAUACAUUUCAGCAGUAAUAAAAUUAAUUUGAUUGUG